CAGGCAGCGUCCAAGACGGCUUUGGAAGUCUAUGUCGAGAUGUCUGACUGGGCCCUGAAAAGCUCUGGUGCCACCAUCGACAUGCAGAGAACUUCUGAGACCUACAACUGCAAAGAGAAUUGGGGCUGCAGGGUUUUAUGGUUCUUUCGCCCUGCCAACCCUCCUGAUACUAUCUUGCAGCCGGAUCUUUCCCCAGGAGACUGCUGGCCUUUACAAGGGCCUCAGGGCCAGGUGGUCAUCAGGUUGCCAGCACGAGUCCACCUGACCGCCGUCACGAUGCAGCACAUCUACAAAGAGGUCUCUCCAUCUGGGACCGUCACCAGCGCGCCCAGAGACGUCGCUGUCUUUGGAGUGGAUGCGGACGGAGAAGAGGAAACUCUCCUUGGGACGUUCACGUACAACGUGGAAAAAGAGGCCACUCAGACCUUCCCUCUGAAGGACGCGCCGCUUCCCAGAGCCUUUUCAUAUAUCAAACUUCUCGUGAAGAGCAACUGGGGAAACCCAGCGUACACCUGCAUUUAUCGAGUGCAGGUUCACGGGAAGAUGGCAAACUAGAAAGCCUCAGCCGCAACCCAAGAAGAA